UAAAAAGAAAAAACACGAGAAGGUGACAGUAGCAGUAAUAAAUCAGUUGGGGAACGUAAGAAACGCAGUUUGGUGAAGAGCGUUAGUUGAAACCCAAAAAUGGGGCUUACCCAGUACUAGACUACUACUACCGGGUCAAUCCCAUCGACUUCUUCUCUUCUAUCUUUCUCUAAACCCUAAUUAUUGCAGAAUUUGAACCGAGGAUAAUCGAUUUCUCCCAGAUCUAACUCUAUUACUCUUCUCUGAUGCUUAUUCACAAAUUUGUAUGAUGCAAUAGCGACUCAGAUUGUUUGGGGGGUUCAAUUGAAUUCGAAUUAAAUUAAGAUUGUAAGCGGUGUGAAGUGAUUUGUCAUGGAGGGGAAUUCGGGAGGCAGUGGUGGCGGAGUAGGAGGGGGGAAUGACGUGGAGCUGCUGUGUAAGACUUUGCAGGUGGAGCAUAAGUUGUUCUACUUCGAUCUCAAGGAGAAUCCGCGGGGUCGGUAUCUCAAAAUCUCUGAGAAGACAUCUGCCACCAGGUCCACAAUUAUAGUUCCCUUCUCUGGAAUCUCUUGGUUCUUUGAUCUCUUCAAUUAUUACGUCAAUACCGAUGAUCAGGAGGUCCUUAGCAAGGAAUUGCAGCUCGAUACCAAGGUCUUCUACUUUGACAUUGGCGAAAAUCGCAGGGGUCGCUUCUUGAAGGUAUCUGAAGCUUCUGUUAGUAGAAACCGCAGUACUAUUAUUGUUCCUGCUGGAAGCACCAGGGAGGAAGGGUGGGCAGCAUUCAGGAAUAUUUUGGCUGAGAUUAAUGAAGCAUCUAGGUUGUUCACGUUGCCCAAUCAGCAAAGCUCUGAAGCAUCGGAACGGUUGGUUGGCCUUUCUGAUGAUGUAGGGGCUGGCUUCAUAACUGGUCACAGUAGCCAACCUGCUUCAUCUUCUGAACUGAAUGUGGACCGGCCAAUUGAGUUGCCUGCACAUGAUGAGGGGCUUUCAAAAGUAAUCAGGGUUGAUCAGAAGAAAUUCUUCUUUGACCUUGGGAGCAACAACAGAGGUCAUUUCUUGAGGAUUUCAGAGGUUGCAGGCACUGAUCGGUCCUCGAUCAUUCUCCCGCUUUCAGGGCUGAAGCAACUUCAUGAAACAAUUGGUCACUUUGUGGAGAUAACCAAAGAUAGAAUGGAAGGAAUGACAAGUGCAUACGUCCGGACAGUGGAUCCUCCUCAAAGAUGAUUUCCGAUGAUGUGGAGUUUGGUCACGAAACAAAUAAUUCCAUUCCGACAAGGCGGUCUUGGAGCUACAAAAUAGGUGUUUGGUUAUGGGUGCAAUUCUUCCCAGCGGUGUUAACCUUUUCUUCUUCUUCUUCUUUUUUUUCCUCGUUUUUUAGUAAUUUUCUCAAUUCAAUUCUGAAAAUAAACCGAUUUCUCUGUUUGAUGAACAGAAAUUUUCGAGUACUUGCCAGUGUAGUGUCAUGUAGGGAAUAACUAAUAAAACAAACCAGGCAUGUAAGUUGUAACUGUCAGUUUGAUAGUGUGGCACCCACGUAUGAUCUUCAAUAAUGUGCAUUUCUGACGCUGUUGUUCUGUUUCUGUCUCGGACAGUUUUUGAAGUGAUUGUCCAGCUUCGCAGCUUGUACUUGAGGUUCUUGUGGUUGUAACUAUGGAUUUCUAUUGUAUGGCACUGCUGGUAGCAGUUGGUUGGCCAUGUGCUAAAUCAUUGAUAUUCUGAAGAGAUAAUAUCCGCUA